AUGGAAAAAUAUGAGAACCUAGGACUGGUUGGAGAAGGGAGCUAUGGAAUGGUGAUGAAGUGCAGGAACAAAGACAGUGGAAGAAUUGUGGCUAUUAAGAAGUUCUUAGAAAGCGACGAUGACAAAAUGGUAAAGAAAAUCGCAAUGCGAGAAAUCAAGUUACUAAAGCAACUGAGGCAUGAAAAUUUGGUGAAUCUGUUGGAAGUAUGUAAGAAGAAAAAACGCUGGUACCUAGUCUUUGAAUUUGUUGACCACACGAUUCUUGAUGACUUGAAAGUAUUUCCAAAUGGACUAGACUAUCAAGUAGUUCAAAAGUAUUUAUUUCAGAUUAUUAAUGGAAUUGGAUUUUGCCAUAAUCACAAUAUCAUACACAGAGACAUAAAGCCCGAGAACAUAUUAGUCUCUCAGUCUGGUGUUGUGAAGCUAUGCGACUUUGGAUUUGCACGGACGUUGGCAGCUCCUGGGGAGGUUUACACUGACUACGUGGCCACCCGGUGGUACCGAGCUCCAGAGCUGCUGGUUGGUGACGUCAAGUAUGGCAAGGCUGUUGAUGUCUGGGCCAUUGGUUGUCUGGUCAUUGAAAUGCUCAUGGGGCAGCCCCUAUUUCCGGGAGAAUCUGAUAUUGAUCAGCUACACCAUAUCAUGACAUGUUUAGGUAAUUUAAUUCCAAGACACCAGGAGCUGUUUUAUAAAAACCCCGUGUUUGCUGGAGUAAGAUUGCCUGAGAUCAAAGACACAGAAACAGAACCCUUGGAGUGCCGCUAUCCCAAGCUCCCUGAAGUUGUAAUAAAUCUAGCAAAGAAAUGCUUACAUAUUGACCCAGACAAAAGGCCCUUCUGUGCUGACCUUCUACAACAUGAUUUCUUUCAAAUGGAUGGAUUUGCUGAGAGGUUUUCUCAAGAAUUGCAGUUAAAAAUAGAGAAAGAUGCCAGGAAUAAUUCUUUACCCAAAAAAUCUCAAAACAGAAAGAAAGAAAAAGAUGAUACCUUAGGUGAAGAAAGAAAGACGCUUGUGGUCCAGGAUACUAAUGCUGAUCCCAAAACGAAGGAUUCUAAAGUGCUUAAAAUAAAAGGGUCAAAAAUUGAUGGUGAGAAAACUGAAAAAGGAGGUAGAGCGUCAAAUGCAGGCUGUAUCCAUGACAACGGGACAAGCCACAUCAAAGGCUUGCCUUCCACAAGCCUCAGAGACUGCAGUAAUGUCAGCAUUGACCACCCAAGAAACCCAGGCAUGGCGAUUCCUCCACUCACACACAAUCUUUCUGCAGUUGCUCCUGGCAUCAAUGCUGGGAUGGGGACUAUUCCUGGAGUUCAGAGUUACAGAGUGGAUGAGAAAACUAAGAAAUACUGUAAUCCAUUUGUUAAAACCAGCCAGCCUUCCCCAUCAGGGAUCUAUAAUGUGAAUGUGACCACAUCCGUCCCUAGUGAAAAGUACCUCCUUCAGGCAAGUAAGAAAAGGAAGGAAUAUUCCAAAGCAGAUGUGCGACUGCCUGAACUAAACUAUAAUCAUCUCCCGGAACUGAGAGCUUUAGAAGGCUUAGCUCGAAAUUCUAGGCUAAUAAAGAAGGAGAACAAAUCUCUUUCAGAAUCUCGAAUUCCCUCCCUGGCUGCUAUUGACCUGCAUGCUUCCAGUAUUGCCUUACACCAGGGAUCAGGAUCGCCCCUGUCCGAGGCUCCUGAGGGUGACCUGCCUCGAAUGGAGCACCAGCACUGAGACCCACUAACCCGACCGGAUGCUGCCAGCCCUAAGAUGACAUC